ACCCACCACCUCACAAUGCCAAACAAAAUCCAAGCACAGAGAGACUGAUUGCUCUCAGAGAAAGCUCAAAACAGAUAUCAUAAACAAGAAGAGGAAAGCAGGAGGAAGAAAAGUGAACAGCAAAAGAAAGAAGCUCAAGCCAUGGUUGCUGUUACAACACUGCCAUCUUCUCGUCUCCUCUUCUCAACCACACGCUCUCUUUCUCCCCUCUCUCCUUCCCAAUUAUGUGCCUUUGACACCAGUACACUAGUCUCAUUCCCCAACAGCAACAGCAGCAAGAAAAAACAUGUUGCUGCUGGGGUUAAGUGCAUGGCUGUGAGCACAGAGUCGGAGGCAGUGACAAAAAGGAACACCUACGAGAUUCAAACGCUCACAAAUUGGCUGUUGAAGCAGGAACAAGCAGGUGUCAUUGAUGCUGAACUCACUAUUGUGCUUUCUAGCAUUUCAAUGGCAUGCAAGCAGAUUGCUUCUUUGGUGCAAAGAGCUAGUAUUUCUAACUUAACUGGAGUUCAGGGUGCCGUAAAUAUUCAAGGGGAGGACCAGAAGAAGCUUGACGUGGUCUCUAAUGAGGUGUUCUCCAACUGCUUGAGAUCAAGCGGACGGACAGGAAUCAUAGCAUCAGAGGAAGAGGAUGUCCCAGUAGCGGUGGAGGAGAGUUACUCUGGGAACUAUAUAGUGGUAUUUGACCCCCUCGAUGGAUCGUCCAAUAUUGAUGCUGCAGUGUCCACUGGUUCCAUCUUUGGAAUAUAUAGCCCAAACGAUGAGUGCCUAGCUGAUAUUGGCGAUGAUAACACUCUUGACAAUGCAGAACAGAGAUGCAUUGUGAAUGUCUGCCAGCCAGGAAGUAACCUUCUUGCUGCUGGCUACUGCAUGUAUUCAAGCUCGGUGAUUUUUGUUCUCACUAUUGGAACAGGCGUGUUUGCUUUCACCUUGGAUCCAAUGUAUGGAGAAUUUGUUUUAACUCAAGAAAAAAUCCAGAUACCAAAGGCUGGAAAGAUUUAUGCAUUUAAUGAAGGAAAUUACCAAUUGUGGGACAAUAAAUUGAAGAAGUACAUAGAUGACCUUAAAGACCCUGGUCCUAGUGGAAAGCCCUACUCUGCUCGAUACAUUGGUAGUUUGGUUGGUGACUUCCAUCGAACCCUGCUAUACGGUGGAAUUUAUGGGUAUCCUAGAGACAAGAAGAGCAAGAAUGGGAAGCUGAGGCUCUUGUAUGAGUGUGCACCUAUGAGCUUUAUAGUGGAACAAGCUGGUGGCAAAGGAUCUGAUGGCCAUCAGAGAAUACUUGACAUACAGCCUGUUGAGAUACAUCAGCGUGUUCCACUCUACAUUGGGAGCCUGGAGGAAGUGGACAAAUUGGAGAAGUACUUGGCUUGAUUAAAUUGUAAAGGCAUAGACAAUAAUUCUGUUUGUGAAGAUAAAGCCUGUUUGAUAGUUUCUCAAAAAUACAUUAUUGAGAGUAAGAGAGAAGGAAUACAUUUCUGUUCAACAA